AUGGAAUUGAACACAUACACAUACAAGCAUCUUCGAGAUGCGGAUUCGAUCGAAGCUGACGUUUACUUCAAGCACGGCGACUCGAGCAGCACGAAGCCUAUCGCCAUCUAUUACCACGGCGGAAACUUUGUAGUCGGUAACAAGGGCAUGAUCAGCCCUCAGUACAUCAAAGUGCUUCUCGACCUGGGCUUCGGCGCAGUGGUAUCUCCCAACUAUCGGCUCUCUCCGACAAUCUCAGCAUACGAUGGAGCAAUCGCAGACUCCAAAGACGCCUUCUCAUGGGUGCAGAACGACUUGCCAGUAAAGCUAGCCAAUGACGCCGGCAUUAUGCUGGAUGGCGAGCGAGUCGUGACUUGGGGUCAUUCUGCGGGAGGAACACUUGCUCUUCUUAUGGCCUCGAUGCCCAACCCUCCCAAGGCCAUUCUUGACUUAUUCGGCCUCAAGUACAUGGAAGACGAGUCUUUCGCUAAGCCUGCAAAGAUACCUCCCAUUGAGCUCCCAGAUGUGGAGUUCAGAAACAAGAUAUACGAAGACAAACCACCGCCGACAUCAGCCCCGCCGCCCUUUGGCCCAAAGGGACCUGACGUCUCGACCUACCGCGCUGCUUGGCUCAUGGGCAAGAUGAAGGACGGCACUUUCCUCCGAGAGGUCGUGUCGGACGGUAACUAUGGCAGGGUGGAGCCGGCCGGUUUGUUCUCGCCGUCCUUCCCGCCGACUUUCUUUGGGCAUGGAGGGGCUGAUUCGGCGGUGGACGUCAAAUUAGCGAAGAGGGCGCACAACGCUCUGAAAGCGGACGGGGUAGAUACGCAGCUUGUGGUUGUUGAAGAUGCGGACCAUGGUUUUGACAUCGGAAAGAUGCCCGGGGAUCCAGAAUAUGAGGCUGUGAUUAGCGGGUUGAAGUUCCUACGAGCCGGCAGAGACACUCGUGUCCCGGAUGAGCUCGUAAAACUUGCCACGGCUGUUCCAGGGCUUCGAGUCUUUGACGCAGGAGUGACGAACCACGUCAGCUGGCUCGGCUGUGGUUACGCCGGAGACGACAACAUCAGGACUGCAGAUGUCAUUCUUGUCCUUGACUGCGAUGUUCCAUGGAUCCCGACUAGAUGCAAGCCCAGAACGGAUGCCUGUGUCAUUCACGUCGAUGUUGAUCCACUGAAACACAACAUGCCAGUCUUUUACAUCAACGCUCAGCAUCGAUACCAGGCCAACGCAUUCGUGGCCGUCACUCAGAUCAAAGACUACAUUGCUUCCAAUGAUGAAAUACAGUCCGUCAUCACUUCGCCUCUCUACGCCAUGCGCCUGUUGGGCUUACAAGAAACCCACGCCAACCGCAUGAUAAGGAUCGCUGAUGAGGCAAAGCCUUCACCUGAAGGCUUUUUCGGCGCCCCGAAUUUGAUGGACCAGCUGCGAAAGGCCGUUCCCAAGAAUACAAUCUUCGUCGUCGAAGCAAUCACCAACACGCAGUCCGUCGCAGAGCAGCUUCGAUUGACGACUCCUGGCUCCUGGUUCAAUAGUGGCGGAGGUGGUCUUGGUUGGAGUGGAGGAGCGGCUCUCGGCGUGAAAAUGGCCUCAGACUUUACAGGGUCGAGACAGUUCGUCUGUCAGGUCGUAGGCGACGGUUCCUAUAUGUUCUCCUUUCCGGCAUCCGUCUACUGGAUCGCACAGCGCUACAAGAUUCCGAUUCUCACAAUCGUUUUGAACAACAAUGGAUGGAACGCCCCGAGGAACUCCCUGCUCUACACCAGACCGGAAGCUUCAGCUCUCAAGGUUUCUAGAGAAGAACUUAACAUCAGUUUCUCACCAACGCCGGACUACGCGGGGAUCGCUGCCGCAGCUGGACGUGGAGAGGUCGGCUGCUUCAGAUCUUUCAAAGCUGAUGAUUUAGCGGAAACGUUGCGCAAAGCUGUUCAGUGUGUCUUAGAAGGACACAGUGCUGUGUUUGAGGCACAGUUAGACGGUCCAGACGGCAAACACAUGGGAAAGCAAUAG